UCCUCCCGGGGCCGACGUCUACGGAGGCGCGCCCGGAUUUCAAACUCGGCGACCCGUCCUCCCCGGACGCCUCGUCCGCCUGGCCUGGGCACAGCAGUCCCGGCGGCGAAGAGGGUCUUGGCAGCAGGACUAAGGACUGAGGUGGCUUUGCCAGGCAAAGGCUAUGCUGCAGAUGUGUGCAGAACCGUGCUGCACAGGUAGUGGGAGCAACAUCUCUGACCUCAGGGGCACAGGUCCUUGAGAGGAAGUUGCCACACUUUUCCUGGAGGCAUUAAAGGGUGUUGAAGAAGCAGAGGAAUCCCAGGACCAUGUCUAAUAAAACCCAGGAGAUUGGUGAUAUCCAUUUCCCUUUUCCCUUCACACCCUAUUCCAUCCAGAAAGACUUCAUGGCUGAGCUAUAUCGGGUGUUGGAGGCUGGCAAAAUCGGAAUAUUUGAGAGUCCGACUGGCACUGGAAAAUCUUUAAGUGUCAUUUGUGGGGCCCUUUCCUGGCUCCGUGACUUUGAGCAGAAGAAACAUCAAGAAGAGGCACGUCUCCUUAAAGCUGGAACUAUUCCCCUAAGCGAUGGGAAGGAGCAGCCCCCACCUCUCUCUGCCUCUUGCAAAAGGACCCCAGACACCCUGAGCCCUGUGGGAGAGCCUGACUGGGUGACUCAGUUUGUGCAGAAGAAAGAAGAAAGGGACCUGGUAGACCGACUGAAGGAGGAGCAGGUCAGGAGGAAGAAGCGGGAGGAACGCCUGCAGCAGAUCCGUCACAACGCACAGCUCAAAUAUGCAGCCAAGCGUGUGAGACAGGAGGAAGAAGAAAUGGAGCGUCUCCUCCGCCUCAGCAGAGAGAUGCUUGCGGCAGGAACCGGGGCCAAGCCACUAGAGCAGCUGGCAUCUGGGGAGGAGGAGCUGGUCCUUGCCGAGUAUGAGAGCGAUGAGGAGAAGGGAGCGCUUAGUGGAGUGGACGAGGAUGAGGAUGAUCCAGAGGAAGAACAUGUAACUAAGAUUUACUAUUGCAGUCGGACGCACUCCCAGCUGGCUCAGUUUGUGCAUGAGGUGCAGAGGAGCCCCUUUGGCAAGGACACCAGGCUUGUCUCCCUCGGCUCUCGGCAGAGUCUUUGUGUAAAUGAAGAUGUGAAAACCCUGGGUUCUGUGCAGCUUAUCAAUGACCGCUGCAUGGAGAUGCAGAGAAGCAAACACGAGAACAGAGCUGAGGAAGAGAAGCCCAAGAGGAGAAGACAGGAGCACCAGGCCGCCUGCCCCUUCUACAACUAUGAGCAGCUGCAGCUCCUCCGAGACCAGGUCCUGGUGGGGGUGAAGGACAUUGAGCAGUUGUUGGCCCUGGGGAAGGAGGCUCGAGCCUGUCCCUAUUAUGGGAGCCGGUUUGCCAUUCCAGCAGCUCAGCUCGUGGUGUUGCCCUACCAGAUGUUGCUGCAUGCGGCCACCCGCCAGGCCGCAGGGAUCCGGCUGCAGGGCCAGGUGGUGGUCAUCGAUGAAGCGCACAACCUGAUUGACACCAUCACGGGCAUCCAUAGUGUGGAGGUCAGCGGUUCCCAGCUCUGCCAGGCCCAUUCCCAGUUGCUCCAGUAUAUGGAACGAUAUGGGAAGCGUCUGAAGGCCAAGAACUUGAUGUACAUCAAACAGAUCCUGUAUCUGUUGGAGAAGUUUGUGACUGUGUUGGGUGGGAACGUUAAGCAGAAUCCCAACACACAGAGUCUUUCUCAGACAGGGACAGAGCUGAAGACCAUCAAUGACUUCCUCUUUCAGACCCAGAUCGACAACAUCAACCUGUUCAAGGUGCGCCACUACUGUGAGAAGAGCAUGAUAAGCAGAAAGCUCUUUGGCUUCACUGAGAGGUACGGCAUAGUCCUCACGCCCUCCAGGGAGCAGCCCAGCCUGGCUGGGUUCCAGCACUUUCUGCAGAGUCUGCAGCCCACAGUCACCAAGACUCCCAUGACCCCUGUGGAGGACGGUGAGGCCAGAGUGCCACGGCCGGCUUCCCCACUGAUGCACAUUGAAUCCUUCCUUGCAGCCCUCACCACUGCCAACCAGGAUGGCAGGGUUAUCCUGAGCCGCCAAGGAAGCCUUAGUCAGAGUAGCCUCAAAUUCUUGCUCCUGAAUCCAGCCGUGCACUUUGCCCAGGUGGUGAAGGAAUGCCGGGCUGUGGUCAUUGCAGGGGGUACCAUGCAACCGGUGUCUGACUUCCGGGAGCAGCUGCUGGCCUGUGCCGGGGUGGAAGCUGAGCGAGUGGUGGAGUUUUCCUGUGGUCACGUGAUCCCUCCGGACAAUAUUUUACCGCUCAUCAUCUGCAGUGGGCCCUCCGGCCAGCAGCUGGAGUUCACGUACCAGAAACGAGAGCUACCACAGAUGAUGGAUGAGACCGGUCGCAUUCUCUGUAACCUGUGCACUGUGGUCCCUGGAGGGGUGGUCUGUUUCUUCCCCUCUUACGAGUACCAGCGCCAGGUUUAUGCCCACUGGGAUAAGAGUGGUCUGCUGGCCCGCCUGGCUGUCAGGAAAAAGAUAUUUCAGGAACCCAAGAGAGCAAACCAGGUGGAGCAGGUGCUGAUGGAGUAUUCCAGGUGCAUUAAGUGUUGUGGCCAGGCGGGAGGCACGGUGACAGGUGCUCUGCUCCUCUCUGUGGUUGGAGGAAAGAUGAGUGAAGGUAUUAACUUCUCUGACGACCUUGGCCGGUGUGUGGUCAUGGUAGGCAUGCCCUACCCCAACAUCAAGUCUCCGGAGCUACAAGAGAAGAUGGCUUACCUGGAUCAGACCCUACCCAGAGUUCCAGGUCAACCACCCCCAGGGAAGGCUUUGGUGGAGAAUCUGUGUAUGAAGGCUGUCAACCAAUCUAUAGGUAGGGCCAUCAGGCACCAGAAGGAUUUUGCCAGCAUAGUGCUCCUGGAUCAGCGGUAUGCGCGCCCACCUAUCCUGGGAAAGCUGCCAGCCUGGAUCCGAGACCGUGUGGAAGUCAGAGCCACCUUUGGUCCUGCCUUUGCUACCAUGAGGAAGGUCAGUCCUGCCUUUCCCUGCCCUUGGAGGCACUCCCCCCCCCCCCCUCCCCGAGAUCUCGUGCCUCACUGCUUUUCCUUAUCUCCCCAGUUUCAUCGUGAGAAGUCAGUCCCUUCCUGAGGGAUGGCCCACCGCUGCCUGCUGCCAGGCUUUUCCUUCUCCCUGCCCACUUGAAAUGUUUGUCUUGGGCUUGCUCUGAGGGGAUUCAGCCUAAGAACAUGAAGCUGGAGCAGCCCAGCCCCUUUCUGGGGUGAGUGGGCUGCCAGGACCAGGCAUAGGUGGAAAAGCCACUAGGAGAAAAUCAGGUUGAUUCUGAAGAAACCGGGUCCUGGCCAUCCUGGGGCCCACCCCAGGGCAGUUCUCCCUCCCUGGAUUGAAUCUGUAUGCCCAUUCAGUGUGGCCCAGAGUCCAGCUCCCUGCCCCACUUCCUGGCCAGCCUCCCAUUGCAACAUUUCUGUCCUUCCGUCUCUCAGUGUCCACUCUCCCAGAGGUGAGGUGGAACAUGCCCUCCUGCCUUUUUCCUUUCUGGCUACAGUUUGCUGUUCUAGACCUUCACCCUCUCUUCAAACCUAAGAAUGUUCCCUAUUUCCAGCCCCCAGCUGCCCAGAGGGCUCCUGCUCAGGGUCCUCUGAUUACCUCAACCCGAUCUUCUUUCUCUGUUAGGAACUGGUAAGAGAGCCAUGUGUCAGCUCCCCCACCUGCUAGGCUCUCUGUGUCCUGGUCUUUCUUUCCCCCAACCACAGUGCUGGUCCCUCACCUGUUCCAUAGCUGGCCUGGUUCCAGGUCCUCCUUCAAGUUGGUGGCACCUCCUUCCCACUAAGCCACUUGAGCAAACUUCAGACACCUCCUCCCUGACUUCAGCAAUUAUGCCAAGGGCCAUUAGGCUCCCAGCAGGACUAUUUUUAGAGACCCCGUGUCUGUCACAGAGAUGUUUUUUCCCUGUGUGAAGAUAUCCUCCUAUCUGCAGCCACCACCCCCACCACCCCUGCCCGUCCAGUUGACCACAUCUCUGCUCUCCCUGACCCAGAAGGGGCCUUGGUCCACUCUGUGCUCUGCCCCCAUUGCUUGAGCCCAGUGGGAGCAGGAGGACAGGUGCUGGCUUGAAGGAGAUGCUUGCACUCUGCACAACCAUAGCUCUUUAAUUAAAAGUGCACUGCUGGUUUACACUUGG